AUGAAGGUAGAUGUCCCAUAUUUUUUUGGGAAGCUGGAUCCCAAUGCUUUUGAAGAUUGGUUGACGGCAAUUGAGGAUUAUUUUGAUUGGUUCUCUGUGUCCAAGGAUAGAAAAGUCCGUUAUGUCCGUAUGAAAUUAAAAGGCCAUGCACGAGCUUGGUGGGGUAGCAUGGAAGAGCAACUACGUCGUACUCAACGUGCGCCAGUGUCUAAUUGGGAAGAAAUGAAGGAGCGGCUGAAAGAGAAAUAUCUUCCUAUUGACUAUGAGCAAGUCAUGUUUGAAGAGAUGCUGCAACUGAGGCAAGAAACAUUGACUGUCAACCAAUAUACAGAUCGUUUCCAUGAACUGACCAUACGUAGCAAGGUGGUGGAAAACGAGCAACAAACUCUUGCUCGUUACCUCACGGGCUUGUGUAAUGAUCUGCGGAAAGAGAUGCUGAUAGCACGACUCCUAAAUGUUGAUGAAGCUUAUCAAUUGGCUUUACGAGUUGAAAAGCAACUGGGCUUCUUCAAUGGUAGACGCAUGUCAUCUACGAAUCCCAGGCAGGAACGCGCACCAAGACAACAAUUCCAGAAACCACCUCUGCCUACUAACCAAGGCAGACUCGCCGUGGUGGGUGACCAAAGAGGAAAGGCCAAACUUACGGGCGAUGGACCACAAUGCUAUAAGUGCAAGGGGUUUGGACAUUUUGCUGUGGUAUGUCCUACGAAGGAAAAGAAAUUGGCCUUUGUGUGUGGAAAAGAACUUAGUAUGGUUGAUGCAAAGGAGGAAGUUGAAGAAGAAGAAUAUGAAGAAAGUGAUGGGGAAGAUGUAGAACACUUGGAAGCAACUGAUCUGCCCAGUUGUGUCAUUCACCGAGUGUUGACUGGCACCAAGAAGAAGUUCCAUGGUAGUGGUUCUGAUUGGAGGCGCACCAAUAUUUUCCAUACUCGUAUGGAGCAUAGUGGUCGUGCGUUAAAUGUUAUCAUUGACAAUGAGAGUGGAAUGAAUGUAAUCUCUAAUGAUGCAGUGGAGCAGUUGGGUUUGAUAGUUCAAAAACACCCCACCCCGUAUCGAGUAAGCUGGGUUAAUGAAGAUAACCCCAUCUUGGUAAAGCAUUGUUGCUUGGUGAAAUUUGCACUGGGAAGAAACUAUACGGAUGAGGCCUGGUGUGAUGUGGUCCCUAUGACUGUUUGUCAUUUAUUAUUGGGUCGACCUUGGCUUUAUGACAGAAAGGUGUUGUAUGAUGGGAUUUCUGAGUUUGAGACACAACCGAAACAAACAAAAAAAGAAGAGGAUGUUCCAGUGCUAACCAUUCGGCAGUUUACUCAAGCUCUAAAAGGAGAACAAUUAGUGUUGUUGGUAGUAACCCGAGAGGCUAAACAAGGUGAUGGUAUUAUCCCCACUGAAUUUACAAAGAUGCUAGGGAAGUUCCAUGACAUCAUGCCAGAUGAAAUGCCGAGACAACUACCACCAUUGCGAGAGGUGCAACAUGCCAUUGAUCUACUUCCAAGUUCUUCCUUGCCCAAUCUACCACACUAUCGUAUGAGUCCCACAGAAAAUGAGGAACUAAAUCGACAAAUUCAACAAUUACUUGACAGUGGAUUCAUCCGAGAAAGUCUUAGCCCGUACGUUGUACCAGUUCUACUAACACCCAAGAAAGAUAAUACUUGGAGGAUGUGCGUUGAUAGCCACGCGAUCAACAAAAUAACGGUGAAGUACCGAUUUCCUAUUCCCCGACUGGAUGACAUGUUAGAUUUAUUGAGUGGGGCAUCCAUCUUUACAAAAAUUGAUCUGCGUAGCAGGUAUCAUCAAAUUCGAAUCCGUCCCGGAGAUGAGUGGAAGACGGCUUUCAAAACAAAAGAUGGCUUAUUUGAGUGGUUGGUCAUGCCUUUCGGACUAACCAACGUGCCAAGCACAUUUAUGCGUGUCAUGACGCAAGCACUCAAACCUUUCUUAGGCAAAUUCGUAGUUGUCUAUUUCGAUGACAUCUUGAUUUUUAGCCAUUGUUUGCAGGAUCAUUUAGACCACGUGCAGCAAGUUCUGGAGACAUUAAAAAGAGAACAGCCUUUUGUAAACCGUGGCAAGUGUUCUUUUAUGAAGAAGCAGGUGAAUUUCUUGGGGUUUAUUAUUUUAGACCAAGGGGUGGAAGCCGAUCCUGCCAAGGUUCAAGCAAUUAAAAGUUGGCCUGCUCCUUGUAACUUUUUUGAGGUGCAUAGCUUUCAUGGGCUGGCAACAUUCUACCGACGUUUUAUACGAAACUUCAGCACCAUCAUGGCCCCCAUCACCGAGUGUUUGAAGUCAAAAAAAUUUUUGUGGACUGCUUCUGCCAAUAACUCCUUCAAUGAGAUCAAAACGAAAAUGGGAGAAGCUCCCGUUUUGAAGCUCCCAGAUUUUUCCAAAAUAUUCAAAGUUGCAUGUGUCGCAUCGCAUGUAGGUGUGGGUGGAGUACUCAGUCAAGAAGGACAUCUUAUCGCCUUCUAUAGUGAAAAACUCAAUGAGGCCCAUCAGCGUUAUUCGGCGUAUGAUAUGGAAUUUUAUGCUUUGAUUCAAACUCUCAAACAUUGGCGUCCUUAUUUGAUUCAUAGAGAAUUCGUUCUCUAUACGGAUCACGAUUCGUUAAAACACUUAAAUGCUCAAAAUGCAGAUUUUGUCGUUAUUUGGCACCAGCUCACGGAAAAUGCGAAGGCAACUAAUAAUGAAUUCUCAGUCAAAGAUGGUUUUCUGUUCCACGGCAAUCGACUAUGUAUUCCAUGCGGUUCUUUCAGAGAAUUUAUUAUUUCAGAACUUCAUGGAGGGGGCUUAGCAGGGCAUCUCGGUGUUGAUAAAACAUUUGCCCUAGUCUAUGACAGGUUUUUCUGGCCUCGACUAGGAAGGGACGUGCAUAAAAUUGUGGCUCGAUGUCGGGUUUGUCAAGUAAAUAAAGGGAUCAAGCAGCAAGCAGGUCUCUAUACCUCCCUUCCCAUUCCAGAUAGGCCUUGGCAGCACCUUAGUAUGGACUUUGUGCUUGGAUUACCCAAGACACUACGGCAGCAUGAUUCCAUAAUGGUGGUGGUGGAUCGCUUUUCAAAGAUGGCUCAUUUCAUCCCUUGUCACAAGACUUACGAUGCAUCCAAAACAGCGGCACUAUUUUUCCAAGAAGUAGUUCGGCUACAUGGUGUACCAACUACCAUAGUGUCUGAUCGGGAUGUUAAGUUCAUGAUGGUAUAUGGUUUUCGCCCCAACACCCCAAUGGACCUCCACUCUUUAACUUUGCCUUCUAGACCCAGUGAAGCAGCGUUGGAUUUCUCUAGUUACAUGAAGGAUAUACAUGACGAAGUCAAGAGAUGUCUGACUCUUAGCACGGAAGCAUAUUCUACCUUUGCGAAUACCAGGCAGAAGGACAGACAAUUUCAGGUGAUUAAGAAGUUAGGUCCUAACGCCUACGUAAUUGAAUUACCCGCUGACUACGGAAUCAGUCAUGUUUUCAACAUUGAAGACCUCACGCAAUUUCAUGAUUCAGAGGAACCAGUGCCAGCAGCCUCGGAUCUAUUUAACCAACAAGAUGCGGUUAUUCGUGUUCCAACGCAUAUAGCCCCAAAAGAUGAAAUUGCGUCGAUACUCGAUCACCAGUUUGUUACUACGCGGUGCGGAGGGUAUUACAAAUUUUUAGUGCGAUGGAAAAAUCAUCCCCAGUCUGAUUCCGUUUGGCUACAAGCUUCGGAACUCAAUCGACUUCACCCAGAUUUAUUUACUACCUAUGUACUUCAAAACUUGCCGGAGUCAAGUUCUUCUGAGUGGCCGGCAAUUGAUGCAAAUAGAGAGCAAGGCUCCCAGGCGAACAUUACUCCUUAA